UAAAUGAAAAACAGUUGGAUUCGUCAUAUACAUGUACAUGUAUCACGUAAGUCGUUGAACAUUUAUUUCUCGGACACGAUUUGUGGGGAGACCGUCAAACAGCAUGGAUAAUGGCGGCCCAGAGAAAACAGAACAACUGCUGCUACAUCAUGGAUAAUGGCGGCCCAGAGAAAACAGAACAACUGCUGCUACAUAUGCCAUCAAAUAUUGUCUAGUAAACAAAGACUUAAUUCUCAUCUAAAAGCUUGUCAUGAUAUAUGUGGAUAUGAAGAAAAGAGGUACAAGCUUUAUAACACUGAUGCAUCUAUUCCCGUUCCGCGUAGUACACAGUACAGACAAAGAAAAAAUGAUGGACAGAAUGCCACACAUCAUCAAAUUCAAGCAUCAACUUCAAGCAAUGUAUCUCUGGUUGCUAUUGAUGGUGAAGACAACAUUGAUGGUGAUGACAACAUUGAUGGUGAUGACAACAUUGAUGGUGAUGACAACAUUGAUGAUGAUGACAACAUUGAUGGUGAUGACAACAUUGAAGUUGAUGACAACAUUGAAGUUGAUGACAACAUUGAAGUUGAUGACAACAUUGAAGUUGACAAAAUUGAUGGUGAUGAAUAUGCCGAAGCUGAUGUUAACAUUGAUGAAAACAGCAACAGUGAUGAUGAAAGUGAAUAUGAUUCUAGUAGUUUUGAGGAGUGUGCCUAUGAUAGUUUUGAUGAUUCAGAUGGUAACGAUGAAGAGAAAGAUGAAGAGGCUUCUAAUCAGAAAUGCAACAUUUUGAAAAAGAGUCUUAUACCACCACAUUUCACUGAAAAACAUGAAAAGAGCAUGGCACUUCUCUCUUACCUGAUGAAACAUCACGUGAGUGGUCAAUCAACAUCAGACUUGAUGGAUUUAUUUAACAUUUUAAAUAUCAGUGAAACAAAGGACACUUCCGUGGAAAAAAUCAAGGAAACUAUUGGUGCAUGUGAUGUUUCAAUCAUUGAUUACUGUGAAAAGUGUUUUACACUUUUUCCAGAGGAUAAAAAAUUAUAUAAAUGCAUACACGAUGGAUGCGACGGACUUCGAUAUAAAGGUAGUUCAAAUAAACAACAAAACAUGGAAAAAAAGUGUUUCUUUGCCUGUCUGUCAAUUGAUAAGCAAAUUAAAGACAUAUUACAACAGGAUGGAAUAUGGUCUUGCAUAAAGAACUACAAAAAACAGACUGCCAAAACAGAUGCAGUGACAGAUAUUCUAAAUGGAAGAUUGUAUAGAACAUUUUCAGAUCAAGGAGAAAGAUUGUUUGAGACAGAAAAUUUGAGCCUUAUUUUCAACACUGAUGGAGUGCCACUUUAUAGAUCAUCUGGAGUGAGUAUAUGGCCUGUUUACCUCGUUCUUAAUGAACUUCCCCCUAUUAUGAGGUUUUCCAGACAAAAUAUUAUUCUUUGGGGAGUCUGGCAAGGAAAAGGAAAACCACAUUUUCAAACCUACCUCCAGCCAUUUAUACAGCAGCUCAUUUCCUUAAAAACAAAAGGGAUUCAGGUUACAAUCGAUGAGACUAUUUUGGAUGUGAAAGUUUUUCUUUUAGCUGGCAGUUUAGAUUUACAGGCUAAAGCUGCUGUAGCCCACAUGACACAGCACAAUGGACAAUUUGGAUGUAUAUCUUGCGAGGAACCUGGUGUUGUAGUGUCCCAAGGUAAAGGUCAUUGCAGAGCCUUUCCAUUUAGGGAGAUUCCACCUGUAUUGAGGUCAAGCACAGGAUUGCUGGACAAUGGGAUUGAGGCCAUGGAAUCAACCAACAAAAAUGAGAGAGCUAAAGGAAUUAAAGGAAUAAAGGGGGUCUCAGCCUUGCAUGGAUUAGACUACUUUGAUAUAGUCAAUGGACUCGUUCCCGACUAUAUGCAUGGAGCACUCUUGGGUGUGACAAAGAAGAUGUUGCAAUUGCUAUUCACAUCAAAGUACUCAAAGGAACCAUUUUAUAUUGGUGACCAUAUAACUACAAUUGACAAGUACCUCACAGGAAUGCAACCAACAGAUAAUAUUUCCAGAUUGCCUCGUAAGCUUGACAAUAACAUUUCACAUCUAAAAGCUUCAGAACUCGAAACUUGGUUAUUAUUUUAUUCUUUGCCAUGUAUAAUAGAGUUCAUGUCAUCAGCAUACAUUGAUCAUUUGGCAUUUUUAGUAGAAGGUAUUUACUUGUUGUUAGGGGAUAACAUUACCAGGCAUGAUUUGCAACGUGCUAGACAAUGUUUGCACGAGUUUUAUCACACGUUUGCGACUUUGUAUGGUGAAAGUAACUGUUCAUUGAAUGUUCAUAAUGUCGGAAUGCAUCUUGCAGAUUAUGUAUCAAACCUUGGCCCUUUGUGGUGUUGGUCCUGUUUCCCAUUUGAAGAUCUUAAUGGCGCUCUACUUGAAUCUGUUCAUGGAACAGGCAAUGUCUGUUUGCAGAUUCUGUGGACAGUACAAGCCAAUAAGAGAUUGUCAGUGGAUAGUCAGUUUAUAUCAGAUUCGCAAAGGAAAGAAUAUGUCCGCAGAAUGUUGAGUUCUGGAAGGCCAGUGAAAAUUAAGUCUAUAGCAAAGAACUGUAAAAUCGCUGGACAUUUGCACCCUGAAACUGUUGACAACGAAACAGCUUCAAAACUCAAACUUGCACUUGGCAUUUCACCAGACAGUGACUUAGGGGAUCUUUACAAAUCUUUUAGAGUAGUUGUAGGCAAUAAUUGUGUCAUUUACAGUGAAAACUAUACUCGAAUGAGUAAGCGCAUAGGAUAUGUUGUUCUUACAUGUAUGCCAGAUUUAAAACUUGCUAUGGUGAGUCAUUUUUUACUGCAUGCAUCAAGUAAGUUAUGCUUUGCUGUAGUUAGGAAGUUAGAGUUGAAUGAUGGGCACAAUUCAUUGCUCCAUCCCUCUGUAUCACAUAUGAUGAAGAUAAGGCCUUUUGAAGAACAAUCUGAAGAAAAGUACAUUCUACCCACUGACAAAAUUCUAGAAAAAUUGCUUCUUUUGCAAGGAAACAAAAAUCAUGUUUGUCUUGCAAGACUGCCAAAUUUAUAUGGUCAAUGCUUUUGAAAUUACCAUACCAUUUGUUAAGUUUUGGCAUUUUGAAAUUACCAUACCAUUCGUUAAGUUUUGGCAUUUUGAGAUGCCCCCUCUAGUAACAAGAUGGUAGAAUUUUGUGUUUCUUACAUAUAUUGUAUGAUAAAGUAUAACUCAUCAAAUAUUUUAGUAUAUUUACAUUAGCUGUGUUUUCCUAGUAAGCUUACUGUGGAAUUGAUUUGAAAAACAUUUUCGUGUAUACUCACGCGUAGAAAUAUACACGGAGAAACGUGCGUUAACGUGACGUCACAAUGAGAAUGCAGCGAUGUUAGUAAAAUGCAAUAAUAUAGGACAGCGAGAUAUUCGAAUAUUGAUUAUUUUUUGGAUGCCUCCAAACAAGUAAAAUGUAAAUAUAAUGAAUGUUUUUCAGUUUAGUGUGAAUUAUUGGUUUGUGAAUAACACAGACUUGCACGUAGGCAUAUUUUUCAUAAAGCGCUAGCUUCAAAACUCAAACUUGCACUUGGCAUUUCACCAGACAGUGACUUAGGGGAUCUUUACAAAUCUUUUAGAGUAGUUGUAGGCAAUAAUUGUGUCGUUUACAGUGAAAACUAUACUCGAAUGAGUAAGCGCAUAGGAUUUGUUGUUCUUACAUGUAUGCCAGAUUUAAAACUUGCUAUGGUGAGUCAUUUUUUACAUCAGGAUGAUUUGAUGCUGUUUUUCAUAUUUUUCAUAAAGCGCUAGCUUCAAAACUCAAACUUGCACUUGGCAUUUCACCAGACAGUGACUUAGGGGAUCUUUACAAAUCUUUUAGAGUAGUUGUAGGCAAUAAUUGUGUCAUUUACAGUGAAAACUAUACUCGAAUGAGUAAGCGCAUAGGAUUUGUUGUUCUUACAUGUAUGCCAGAUUUAAAACUUGCUAUGGUGAGUCAUUUUUUACAUCAGGAUGAUUUGAUGCUGUUUUUAAAUUUGACUAAGAUUAUUUACAAAUUCUUGAAAAUUGUAAGGACUGAAGGAAGAAAUUUUCUGUACCAUCUUUUUUAUUAUCAUGUAUGUGGUGAAUUUUUAAUGUGCUUAUAUGUAUUGAAUGCACCGUUGAAAUCAUUUUUAUGACACCAUUUAGUCUGUAAUAAAAUUUAUUAAGUAUAUACAUACAUAUUUUGUUGUUUUACUUAUUGUAAUUUUUUUAAGUCCUGGUUUUUCAUCAAAGUCCUAGGAUAUGGGAAUUUUGUUAAAAUAUAUAAUUCCUGGCUCUCAAUCAAAUGUCCUGACAAGAGCUGGGUUUGAAUAAUGUAACUUGAAAGUCCUGGGGAAUCCCAGGAAGUCCUCAUCUCAUAUGUCAGGAUUUCCCAGGAUUUCUCAGUCUCAGGAAUUCCUUAAAUCUUGAUGUCAGGAUAUCACAAGAAUUCUUGGGAUGUCUUGGGAAUUCCUGAGAUGUACUUCUAAGUUAGGAAUAUUUUCUGCA